CUGUGAUUCACAUCAAUUCUAUAACCAUUAAAUUUCAUAGUACAUAGCACGUUGGCCCUCAUGUUCUGGAACAACUGGUAAUCAGGUUGCAAUCACCCUCGUUCCCUGGAUAAAAAUAACAUUGCAACCGGCGGCUAAAGUUGAGGAUGUCCUCAGGUUCAAACUACAUUGCCCGUGGGACAAACACCGCGAUAAACUGAACUUGAGUGUCACAACAAAUGUCGCACAUCAGAUUUAAUAGUACUGAGGUGCCAUGGUCCUUUUUGCACUGCAUUGAAUCUGAAAUUAUCCUAUUUACAACUAUUGGGCAUAUUACUAAGAGCCUCAAGCAUGUCACCCACAAGACCAUGAGCAGCUCCUCCGAGUCUGAAUCGAAGAGCAGCGAUAUCUUGUCCUCUUCUGACACCAAUCCCAGCCAAUGGGGUAGCCGUGCCAACUUGGGAAAAUGUCUUGUUCAAGAUUCCCAUAAGUGUUCCGCUCAGUAUGCCUUAUAUCAAAAUGGCACGCGUGAUGAGGAUUGCGACUUGCCGAUGAAGAGAUUAAAGACCUUACACACAACGUGGAACUUUACUGCCGCCUCCACCGAUGCUACAAACUACCUCAACCAGCGCAUGCUUGAGCUCUCUCGGAUAACUCGCCAGGCUAUUGCCGCGAGGAUCCACUACCAAUGCCUUCGCUCCCGUGAACUUGAUUUAAUAAAGUCUAUCCUCGAAGACGAAACCGAGCUGUGCCAGACACAGUUGAGUGGAGUUGACAUGCAAAUUGGCUCCAUUCGGAAUAUGCUCGAGGCUCAGGGGGUCACGGCGACAGGGAAUACAGAUUCUAGGUUUGACCCUGGCAAUGCCAGGCUUUGGUACAGAAGCCUAUCUGAUGAAGAAUCACUUGUAAUUGCCGCAACAUCGCGUGGCAGCUCAGCCUGCCCGCAGUCCGAUGACUCGGAUGUAUAA